AUGCUUUUACGUGCACCUUGUAAAAUUAAUUUAACAUUGGAUGUAUUUGACAAAAAGGAACGUACUGAUGGUUAUCAUAAUCUUGAUUCACUUGUUGUACCAUUCGGUGAGCUAGCUGAUGAAUUGAACAUUCACAUCGAACCUGCUUCGGAUAGAACUUCUAUCAUAAUUACUUGUAACGAUUCAUAUCUACCCGUUGACAAUCGAAAUUUAGCGUAUCGAGCCGCUGAUGCUUAUCUUGCCUAUAUUAAUAAACCAUUUAAUAUCAAAAUCGAUCUGUACAAACGUAUACCAACGGAAGCAGGACUAGGUGGUGGAAGUAGCGAUGCAGCUGCCGUUUUACGAGCAUUAAAUGCUUAUUUUAAUCAAGCAGUUGAUCGAUCAACACUUACAGUAAUGGCAGCUCGUCUCGGCUCUGAUGUACCAUUAUUUCUGGCAGAAAAAACAGUGCGUAUGCGCGGUUGUGGUGAUAUUAUUGAACCAAUAGAUUUUAAACUGCCGGUGUUCUGGGGUAUCAUUGUGCAUCCAGAAAUAGGAGUAUCAACGGCACAUGCAUAUGCUCUCCUUGAUGCAGUACCAAAUCGACAAGCUGGAACUAGCACUGAACGACUUCUUUCUCGUCUAUGUGGCAAGAAAGAAACGUCAAUGAACGUUAGUGAAAUUUUAGCAACCGGUCUGUCUAAUGAUUUUGAAUCUGUUGUACUUGCCGCUUAUCCUAUUGUUGCCAGGGCAUAUGAAAUGAUUGUAUCUGCAGGUGCUCUACGUGCUCUUUUGUGCGGAAGUGGUUCGGCUAUUUUUGGUCUCGCUCGAAAUCUUCAACAUGCUAACGAGUUAGCCGACACAUUGGCUAUUCAUUUCUCUUCUAUAAAGAUCGUUUCAAGUGCCCUUACUGAUGCAUUUUUACAUCAAACAGCUGUAACAGAUUAA